AUGGUCGGUUUCCUUGGAAUGACGGGCAAAGCCCUGUCCGUCGCUCAGAUUGCACUGGUGGUCGCUCCGUCUUUCAUCCUGUUCGGUUACAACCAGUCUGGUCUUGGCCCGCUGCUCUCUGAAGAGAACUGGAGACAUCAAUUCCCCCAAAUCGACACUGUCGACUACAAGGGUGCAGUCAAGGCCCAUCACGCUACCCUUCAGGGCCUCGUUGUCGCAACAUUCACACUCGGUGCGUUGGUCGGUGCUUUGAGCUGUAGUUACACUGGUACGCUUCUCGGAAGACGAUGGGUCAUCUUCAUCGUCCCUGUCUGGCAAUCAGAAUGUUCAUCCGCCAAGAACCGUGGUAAGCACGUUGUCCUUGACGGCAUGUUUAUCUCGCUUGGUUACACGCUCGAAUCAUGGAUCGACUUUGGCUUUUUCACUCUCAAGACUGGAUCUGUCACCUGGCGUCCUCCGAUUGCCAUCGCCCUGCUCUUCUCGCUCAUCGUUCUGUUCUCCAUCUGGUUCUUCCCUGAGUCACCCCGUUGGCUCCUCGCUCAAAACCGUGGCCAAGAAGCCCGCGAGAACCUGGCCGCUCUCAAGGGUCUCCCCAUGGACUCUCCUGAAAUCGAAGCAGAGUGUGUUGGCAUCGAGCUUUCACUCGAAGACUCUUCAGUCAAAGCCGCUUCUAUCAAGGACUUGUUCAGCAUGGGCGAGGACAAGCUUGCUUACCGUUUCGGCCUUUGUAUUCUGCUCCAGUUCUUCCAGCAGAUGUCCGGAACCAACCUCAUCUCCGUCUAUGCAUCCGUUAUCUUCCAGCAGAGUCUCGGUAUGGAUGCCUACAACUCCAAGCUUCUCUCUGCUGGUACUUUGACCUGGAAGUUCCUCUCCUGUUUCGUUGCCUUCUUCUGCAUCGAUCGUUUCGGUCGCCGCCUAUGUUUCAUUGUUUCCGGAGCUGGUAUGGCCAUGUGCAUGGUCGGUCUGGCUAUCACAACUUCGUUCCACGGCAAUUAUGGUGCAUCUGUGGCUGCCGCCUUCUUCAUCUACCUUUUCUGCUUCUUCACCCCUAUUGGAUUCCUCGGUGCCAACUUCCUUUAUUGUACCGAAGUCGCUCCCAUAAGAUUGCGUGUGGCCAUGGCAUCUAUCUCUACCGCCAACCACUGGCUGUGGAACUUCGCAGUGGCCAUGAUCACCCCUGUAGCCAUCAACAACAUUGGCUACAAGUACUUUAUUGUGUACGCUUGCAUUGACCCCGAAACCAAGGGCCGUUCGCUGGAGGAGCUCGACACCAUUUUCAAGGACAGCCCUUCAGUAUUGGGUACUGUCAGGUACGCCAAGUACAAGCCUAUGAUGACUGCCGAGGAGGUGCCUGUUGCCAAAACUUCCGAUCACGUUCACACCGAGAAGGUUUAA